CUCGACACAUCGCAUUCCAGAGGCCUUUGCCCGCGAUGGACCUGGCAGGUGCCAAUACCCAAGUCCAGAACUAUGUCAGCCCAGACUCCAAUGCCAAAUUGUCCCAGCACUCGCCGACGGGCGACGAUGACCACGACAACUGGAGUUCGAGCGCGGACGAGGCCAACCGCAGCCAGAAUGGCACCGCGAAGCGCAAACGCCCUCUGUCUGUCUCAUGCGAGACGUGCAAGCAGCGCAAGGUGAAGUGCGAUCGCGGUCAGCCUAGCUGCGGAUGGUGUAUGAAGAACCACUCGGCCUGCACGUACCUGCCGCGCAAGAAGCCUGGGCUGCGCGCUGGCUACGGAAGGGAGCUCGAGGCACGACUGGACAAGCUCGAGUCCCUGCUCCACCACCAGCAGAACCAGAUCUCGCAGCUGUCGAGCAACCAGCUGUCCAACUCUCAAAUCGCGCAUUCAGGGUCCUCGCCGCAAGACGGCCCCGUGUUUAGAACGCCGCCCAUACUCCAGACCCCCCACAUUCCGCGGCCAGAGACUGCCUUGUUCCUCCAGAAGCCGUCUGUCUUCUCCCAACAGCCUCAGCUUCCGCCCAGCUUCGUGGGUGGCAUUGCAGACGCGCGACAGGGGCCAUCUACGCCAGCUGUGGGAAAUGGGUACCAGCCCCCGCCAGAUGAGAUGCAACACUCGUUGGGCCCGCUGCAGCGAGAUGUGUAUGGCUCAGGUGCUCCUGCAGGAUUCAGCAACGACCGUUUCCCCGCGCCUUCCUUGUCCGCACACGCUGGUCAGGCGACCAUGGGACAAACUGACACCGAUUUCCCCCCGUAUGACCUCUUGUACGGCCUUGUCGACCUGUUCUUCAAACACAUCUACCCAUGGUGUCCGAUCCUGCAUCGCCAGACGACAUUGAAUUCACUCUUUGGGGAGGCGAGUCUGGACGAAGCCGACAGGAUCAUCCUGCACUCCAUAGUCGCCACCACUCUGAAGUUCUCAACUGACCAUCGUCUAAGUCCAGAGAAAAGAGACAGCUACCAUCGAACAUCUAAGGAGAAGGUCCUGCUCUAUGGUAUCGAAAACAGCUCUGUAAAGUCACUUCAAGCUCUCGUCAUCCUGUCUCUGGAUGUUGUGGGCUGCUCUAAUGGCCCUCCUGGGUGGAACAUGCUUGCCCUCAUCACCCGAUCCGUUGUUCAACUAGGUUUGUCCAUGGAGACGUAUUCGCCAAUGGUUGCUCCUCAAUACGCAUCCAUCUACACUCUGCGAACCAUAGUUCUGCCGGAGCCAAAGGAUUGGAUCGAAGAGGAGAGCCGGCGGAGGCUGUUCUGGAUGAUAUACCUACUUGAUCGCUACGCUACUGUUGCUACAGCCUUCGAGUUUGCGAUGGACGAGAAGGAGAUUGAUCGUAGAUUGCCAUGUCGUGACGACCUGUUCAAUCGCAAUGUGCCGGUUGAGACUAGAUGGUUCCAGACUUCUGGGCGGUCCGACUACACAAUGAACCGGCCGGAAAACCUUGGCUCCUUUUCUUAUUAUGUGGAGAUCCUCGGCAUUCUGUCUCGAAUUCACAAUUUCCUGAAAAAGCCUGUGGAUAUUACCUCCUUGUCGGAUGUGGAGAAAUGGCAAGGCGAGUAUCGCGAGCUUGAUAGUGCUAUCGAGCAGUGGAAGUAUAAUCUUCCCGCAGAAUACGGAAACUCUGCCCGGAUUUUCUCCGGCCCCGGAGUGAAUAAGACUCUAAAUAGUGGACUAGUCAUGCUUCACGCGGCGUUCCAUACCACUGUAAUUCGACUACAUUCAUCCGCAGCUUAUCCGACCCAUCGGUCCCCAAUCUUCACCCCUUCUUUCAGCGCUAGCCAAAGAUGCCUCAAUGCUGUGGAGAAUAUUACGGCUCUUUGCGCAUGCAUUCGAGAGAAUAAUCUUCUCACGAAGCUCGGCCCACCCUUCGCUUUCUCUCUCUGGGUGGCAGCUCGCGUUCUGCUUGUUCACGGGUCAACGAUCGACCACCGUGUCGAUCAGUCAAUCAACCUCCUCGUCAGUACCUUGCGAGAGAUCGGUCAGUACUGGGAGGUGGGCACUCGUUAUGCCAAUCUUCUUUCACGCGUUCUUCAUGAAUAUCAAGAAUCGCAACGGGCACCAGCGGGAGUCAAUGGCGAACGUGUUACCCCUUCAACAGUUAAGAUUCUUGCAGACAUGCGUCGCUGUGCCUUCGAUCUAGACUUUUUGAUUUCCCGACAACCUAAGACGCAUGCCUCUACUAGACCUGCUUCUGUGACGCCUGCUCGAACUCCAGGUCCAAACGAGUUAGAAUACCUCGACGUAUUUGAUUUCUUCAAUAUGCCUCGACUACCUGUCUCUAUGGAUGGUCCCAUGAGCUACGGCGCCAGUGCCAACACAGACGGAGCUCUGCAGAUGCCAGACGGCACACCCAGCAACGAGUUCAAUAUCACCAAUUAUAUGGUCGAUGCGAGUUCGGAUUGGUUCAUGAAGAAUCCUACAUGAAAAGUCAGCAACUUUUUUAAUUUCCUACUCGCAUCUAACCUAAAAGCUUGAAUUUUCCUCCUUCAGCAAAGUUUUCAAAGUGUAGUCUGGUCUGAUUCUCGCAAUUCUCUAAUCAUGUUUUUCUCUACCUUCCUUAUUGUUACAGAUACCCCUUUGCUGAUACGAUGGAGGAAUGGAGAAUAGGUUUAGGUAAUGAAAAUUAGUAAUAUUUCAUCCAAUGAGUAUCAUUUCCAAGCACAUACUUGAGGAGGUUCUGGCAAAGAGUCGGUAAAACUAAUAUGGAUU